AUUCAGUCUGGAACACGGAGAUAGAUCUCUGAGAAGACCAAGACGAAGAGGGAGAGGAAGAAAGAAGACGGAGAAGAUGAUGUCCGGUGGUAACUAUACGACUAUAGACAACCAAAAUGUUUCAGGAGCUGUGCCUGCCGUUCCAGAUCAGGGACAAAUAACCGUUAAAUUCAAUGACUCAAGUCUUCAAACAUUUCCUCCUUCUGGAACUCAAGGAAAGAUCACUGGUGGUUCCCAGCCUCCUCGUGAUGCUGAUGAUACAUUUUCAAAACCAAUCUCUGGCUCUGAUGAAACCCCCCAACAAGGUGGCUGGCUUCGGACCUUUGCAAUUUCUUCCUACAAACAAUAUUUUGAUGUCGAUACUUCAGAUGUUCUAGAGAGGAUCAAAGAUUCACUUUUUCCAUUCAGAGGAACUUUUAAUGAGAGGACAGCUGACACUCCAGAUCUAUAUGGCCCAUUUUGGAUAUGUACUACGUUGAUAUUUGUGGCUGCUUCUAUUGGAACUUUUGUAACAUACGUGGCACACAAGAUACAUAAAAAAGAAUGGAACUACGACAUAAAUUUGGUAACCUGGUCUGCUGGUUUGUUCUAUGGCUAUGUUACCAUUGUUCCUCUUGGACUAUAUGUAGUCCUCAAGUACUUCUCGGUGCCCUCUGGCCUUGUUCAGCUCUUAUGUCUCUAUGGCUACUCUUUAUUUGUAUUCAUCCCGGCACUGUGUCUCUCCAUUGUCCCUCUGGAAAUUUUCAGAUGGGUUAUUGCAGGCGUGGCAGGAUUCAUGUCUGCAUCAUUUGUGGCACUCAAUCUCCGAGCUCACAUAAAGUCAGCCGGUGAAAGGUGGAUUUUGAUUGUGGCCAGUAUCUUCUUGCUGCAGUUAGCUCUUUCUGUCAUUCUCAAACUGUAUCUGUUUACUGUUACAGUAUGAAACUAAACUGCCCCACCCUCGAUAAAACAGAAUGUAGAUUACAAAGAUGAAUUUCUUUUGGGGCCAUUGGUUUCCAGUACUUACCAAUGUUUAGCUAAACCAUAUAAUUCAUUGAUUGGAGAACAUCUAUCUUAUAUAUAUGUUCCAUAAGAUCAAUAGAUUCUUCUAUCUUCAUUACAA